AUGGACGAGAAACUGAGAAUCGACCCUCCCGGCUAUGUCCAGGAGGUGAAUUCAAGCCUACCUGUCAAACCUCAGGCCCGUGAGCCGUACGAUGCGGCCGUAUCUUUUGAAGAGUAUCACUUCUACGCCAACCAAACAAGGGAGGAGCAGUUGGCUCUGGAGGCGCCUCAUUGGAAUGUGCUACAGCUUUUCCGGAAGAAGAGCCAGCUCGAUGCCCAGGACAAUUUACCCGUCACCACGCUGACCGAGGCCGAUUUCAGAAACCCUGAGAGACGAUUGCAGAUCAGCGACGAGGAAUGGACGAAUGCAAGUCGUGCUUUUCGAUCCGCGUCGGCUGGUGCCUGCUUCUUCCUCAUUACCACUGACAUUCUGGGGCCUUAUGGGUCGGGCUAUACCAUGGGCACCCUGGGAUGGGGACCAGGCGUCGCUUUCUAUACAGUCUUUGGCCUGAUGGCUGGCUACUCUGGCUACCUAGUAUAUCGUGUCUUCCUCGGUGUUGACAGCCACGAGUUCCCAGCAAAGAAUUAUGGAGAUCUAGCCUUCCGAACAGUCGGCCGAUACGGACGACAUAUCACGAAUGUUUGUCAAGGACUCGGGCUUCUGCUGAUCACCGGCCAAGUCACCAUUCAAUUUGGCGAGAAUAUUUCCCAAAUGUCCAAGUUCAAGCUUUGCUAUGCUGUUUGUCCGGUGAUUUUCGCCUGUGCAGGCUUCUUCAUCUCGCAGAUUCGCACACUUCGUGCUUAUGGCUGGAUAGCCAAUUUUGCAGUGUGGUUGAACAUUUUCGUCAUACUUAUGACUAUGGGUGUGAUGGCAAACUCUCCGCCUAACUAUGGGAUCGCGACACUCGGGUCUGCAGGAAGUGCUGUCAACAGCGCCACCAUCACUCCCGACAAGGCGGGCAAUUAUCCCCCUAUUAUUCAUUAUAACAACAUCCCCCCGGAUGGUUUGAUCGGUUCCAUCAACGGUAUGCUGUCGGGUGUCCUCGCGUAUGCCGGUGUUCAACUCUUUGUCGAAUUCUUGGCCGAAAUGAGGCGACCUCGGGACUUCAUCAAAGCAAUGUGGGGCGCCCAGUUCUUCAUCUACAGCGUUUACUUGAUCUACGGCUGCGUGGUCUACUAUCUUCAAGGGCAGUAUAGCUUUAAUCCAAGCUACCAAGGAGUGAGCUCCUACGGAUGGCAAACCGCCGGGAAUAUGAUCACAUUGAUUGGAGCGCUCAUUGCAGGCGGCCUCUACGGGAACAUUGGGAUUAAGGUCGUCUACAAUAACAUAUUUUUGGAUAUCUUCAAAGCCCCACCACUCACCACUCGGGUUGGAAAGAUCAUGUAUGCGACUCUGUGCCCGAUAUGGUGGAUCAUCGCUUUCGUGAUCGCGGGUGCUAUUCCGGAUUACAUGGGCUUUGUGUCGGUGAUCUCGGCAUCCAUGCUUCUGAAUCUUACAUACAGCCUCCCUCCUCUGUUUGCGCUUAGCUUCGACAUUCAGAAAAACGGCAUUAGACAGGGGAAGGUUUUGAUCCGAGCACUGGACGGGUUGUCAAAGAUGAGAGCCUCGUUCAAAGGUAUAUACGUGGGUUCUUGGCAGGCGGCGUGUUUCAAGUUGGCAUCAACAUUUGGCAUGUUGUUUACUUCCUGGCAUCGCUCUCAAUGUGUGGCCUCGGAAUGUACGCUGCUGUUACCGGUGGGUUUCCCAUUUAAUUUUGAGAUACGCAUGUGUUUGAAAGUCUAA